CCUCGUCGUCCUCGUGGAGGGAGGCGGGGAGAACUGACCCGGGCCAGGGCCGGAGCAAGUGGAAAGGCUGCGCUUCCUGCGCAUGAUACUGUUGAGUCCAGGAGCCCACCCUGAAGCCACUCCUCCCGCUGCCCACGAGCGGGAAGUGGGGCAGGGGCGGAGGGGAGGGAGGGGGGGGGAUGGAGGAAGGAGGGGAGGAGUGGGGAGAGGAACAGGGGCCCGCUGUCUCCUCCCAGACCGUGGGUGCACCACCGCAAGGCCGAGACCGCCGACAGCGUGACUCUCUCAGUGCGGGGGGCGGGCCCCUCCGGUCCUCGUCCCAGCUCCCCAGGAGCCGUUUCGUCUGUCUCGCCCCGGGCGGCUCUUGAUGCCCCCGAGAGCAGAGCACACGGCCCCGAGCAACCCGACAAUCGCGCGACGGCAGCCGUAUCGGCACAUGUUCCUCCUGCGAGGCUUCCAACGGCCCUCCAGCGGCCAGAAGACGGCCGCGUUCAGCACCACCGAGGCCAGCAGGGCGAGCCAGAAGGCCAGGAACCUCCCGGGCGCGUCCUUCCACUGUGGCUGGCCGGAUGGUCGUCGGGUGCGGGUACGCCCAGGACCGCCUCCGCGGGAACGGCGUGCCGGCGGGCGGCCGCGGGCGCCCCACGAAGGCCGCCAGCUCGUCCCAGCCGUGGCGCGACAUGUCGAGGAGCAACAGGCGCUCGGGCGGCACCACGUGUUUGAUCGCCCCGUGGUACCAGGCGUAGAGCUCGCGGCUCCACGGCAUGUCCCUACCUGUAGAGCUUCCCGGUGAAGUUCUCCCAGUUCGGAUCCCCGGAGGCCUCGGACCACCGCUUGUAAGGCACGGCCUCGAACAUCGUGUUGUGCUCGUCCCGGACCCCAGUGCGCCCUAUCUGGAUGUGACACAUCUCCUGCAUGAUCGACGUGACCGAUAUCUCUGCAUUCGAGUAGCCGAGGGAACUUUCAGGCCACACCACUCCCCAGGGAAGCCAAUGGCACAGCAAGUCCAAUGCCCAUGACAUCGCCCUAGUGAUGGAAUUCUGCUCAUUGGCCGUGUGCCGAACCAGCCCGCUGACAAACUUGUCAUAACCCUUCUCCACAAGCAACGGGCUCACCUUGGGGGAGAGAAGGAAGAUGCAGAUACUGCUACCCCACGGACUUUUCAAGGGGUGUGCUCUUACCAACAUUUCGAAGAAGAUCUGGCCGUGGCAACAAUGGCUCUCCAGGACGAGCAACGGUCAUGUCCAAACCCAAUCUAAACAAUUCACGAGAACGCCCGUGACCGUCCUUUUCCUCCUCCUCCUCCUUAUUUCGGCCUCCUCCUCCUCCUGGCUCAAGCCAGAGUAUUACCACCAUCACCGAGAUCGCCUGAGACAUUCAGCAUUCCCCAUACUCGAGCAUUCCCUUCACCUGCACUUCACAUCGAUGUCUCGUACAGGGGCUGGUGCCGAGACCCGCGCGCCAGGUACACCUGUCCAGCAGUUGUUCAAGCAGCACCGGAUACACAGUCCUCUACACGAAAUGGACAGCCUUGACGAUGCGGGGACUGCCGAUCAUGCUGCUGCUGGAGGAAGCGCCUC